AUGCUGAUCGUGGCCACUGUCUUUCUUAUCCUGACGUGGAUCUCUUUUGCACUUCGAGUCUACGUGCGAGCAAUUAUGAUCCGGUCCUUUGGAAAAGAUGAUUGGACGAUGCUUCUUACCUUAUGUUUGUUCACAACAUGUUGCGGUCUUCUGAUCUCCAUCGAACGACUUGAGCAAAGUGACAGACCACGUCGAGUGCUGGAAGAGGGUCCUUUAGCCCAGCUGGACUUGCUUAAUCACAUCAUGAAGUACAUCGUGUCCUUGAUGGGUAUAUACAUCCUGACCACUGUCACCCUGAAAAUCAGUCUGGCAAUCUUUUUCCUCAGGAUCGUUGUGCGGAAAUGGCAAAGAAGAGUCAUAUAUGUUGCAACGGGGGUCUACACCAUCUUCGGCAUAGCUUUCGCCUUCAUCGCUGUCUUCCAAUGUGGUGUUCCAACACACUUCCUGAUCAAGGAAGCCGCUGGCGAGUGCAUACCUGACAGAAUCUUGCAACCAUUGAACUAUGUUCACGCUUCUCUCAACGCCGCCAGCGAUUGGACCUUUGCAUGCCUUCCCGUCUUUGUUCUCUGGAACAGCAAGAUCCCGCGGUCGGCCAAGAUUUCAUCUGGUCUCUUACUCAGCCUCGGGGCAGUCGGCAGUAUCAGCUCCCUCAUCCGAAUCGCAUACAUUCCUGGUCUCAAAAAUGGACCUGUCUUCUUCAGUAACGCAAUCAAUAUCGGCGUCUGGAGUUGCAUAGAACCAGGUCUAGGAAUAGUUGCCGCAUCACUAGCAACACUACGUCCUCUUUUCAAG